GGAGCAGUGUUUGUUGCAGGAAGUGAAGAUGGCGGCGGUUGCGUUGCUAUCUGAGUCUGUGCUCGGGUGGUCUAUUUUCGCUCUUGUGCUUCUGGUUAUUUUGGCUUUCUGCUGGGUGUAUAUUCGCAAGUAUCAAAGUCGACAGGAUAGCGAGGUGAUCUCUACUAUAACUGCAAUAUGUUCCUUGGCCAUUGCGUUAAUAACAUCAGCACUGCUUCCAGUGGACAUUUUUCUUGUGUCUUACACGAAAUACCAAAAUGGCACUUACAAGGAAUGGGCAUCAAACAACAUAACAAGACAACAGAUUGAAGACACUGUGUUGUAUGGCUACUAUACCUUGUACUCUAUUAUUUUGUUCUGCGUCUUCCUGUGGAUCCCAUUUGUCUACUUCUAUUAUGAAGAAAAAGAUGAUGACAACAUCAACAAAUGUUUGCAAGUGAAGAAUGCGCUUAAGUACACAGUUGGAUUUGUCAUUGUCUGCUCUGCCCUUCUUCUAAUAGGUGCCUUUGUUCCUCUCAAUGUACCAGCUAAUCAAAACUCGACUCAGUGGGAGAAAGUUACGUACUUGUUUGAGGAGCUUGGCAGCAGUCAUGGCUUGGCUGCCCUGUCCUUCUCCAUUAGCUCCUUGACCUUGAUUGGAAUGCUGGCAGUGAUCACAUACACGGCCUAUGGUAUGUCUGUCCUGCCCCUAAACCUCAUAAAAGGCACCCGGAAUGUUGCAUAUGAACGUCUGGAAAACGUAGAAGACAUUGAGGAAGUAGAGCACCAAAUAGAGAAGAUCAAAGCCACGUGUACCGAUGGCCGACCCCUGUCCUCCAGAGACAGGUGUGCUCUGCACCAACUGGAGUCAAAGCUGCAGGUUCUUCACCGAAGGGAGAGACACUUGGAAAUAGCUGAAAAGAACUGCUGCACUAUGUUCUGCAGAGCCCUUCGUCCUUUUAAGAUUGUGUGUGGAGUGUUUUUCAUCUUGGUGGCUCUCUUGUUUACUAUUGCACUUUUCAUAUCAAACUUGGAUAAAGCUCUUCAUUCUGCUGGAAUCAACUCUGGAUUCAUAAUCUUUGGAACUAAUUUGACCAAUCCAUUAAAUGAACUGUUGUUGGCCCUACAGCCUGUCUUUCCAUUGGAUUAUGUCUUGAUUACUGUUAUCACAAUGUACUUUGUCUUCACCUCCAUGGCAGGAAUACGGAACAUGGGCAUAUGGUUCUUCUGGAUAAGGUUGUACAAGAUUAGACCAGGAAGAACCCAACCCCAGGCUCUUCUGUUUCUAUGCAUGAUUCUUCUGCUGAUUGUUCUGCACACUAGCUACAUGAUCUACAGCCUGGCUCCUCAGUACGUCAUGUAUGGCAGCCAGAAGUACCUUCUGCAGAGUAAGCUACCAUCUGUUGAUGCCUUAAUGGGGAAUUCUACCACUGGGAUGUCAAAGAUAUGUGAUGCAGAUGCUCCUGAAGAUCAGUGCACUGUGACAAGAACAUACCUGUUUCUUCAUAAGUUUUGGUUUUUCAGUACUAUCUAUUACUUUGGCAACUGGGCCUUUAUUGCGGUGUUCUUUGUUGGGUUGCUGGUAUCUUGCUGCAGAGGAAAAAAGUCAGUGAUUGAAGGUGAAGUGGAGGAGGAUGACUCUGAUUUCAGUGAUGAUGAAUUCAUGCAUGUUUAGCAUUUCUCACGGUGGAGAAUCAUUGAACCUUUAUGGAAUCCAAGUCAAGAAGCCUCAUUGUUAAUGUCAGAUUCACUGGGUGUCACAACUAUAGAUAUGAACAGAGAAUUUAUUUAAGUGUGUUCUCCUUUUUCUCCCUUUUGUCAAUUAUGAGUUUUAUAUUUAUUUUCCUCCUUCUAUGCCUAAAUCAUGUGCAUAUUUGCAACAUUGAGUAUUCGGGAGAAAACAUUUGGAUAAUUUGCACUUAAUAUGACUUAUUUAUUCCACAUUUCCACAUUAGGUAAAAUAUACUAAUUUAUAAACCUUGUGUUUAUGGUUUUAUCAAGUCUUGAAUUUAGUUAAAAAGAAUUAUACCAGUAUCACACACAGUAUACAUUAAAUAAAUGGUAUUAUCCUAUAAUUUUAUCUUCUUACAGUUAACUGCAUUUUGGUUGUUUUCAUUCUAAUACAGAUCCUUCCAUGAGGUACAUAGUAUGAUGUGAAAUUUUGCAGUUUCUAGAAUUUCUGUGUUGCUGAGCAUGUUUUCUUUUUUAAAAGCGUUUUGAUUUUUUUCUUCCUGUUGUGUUAAAAAAUAAUUGUACAGUUUUCAGAUUUUUUUUGUGGAUCAUGCCUCUUUGCACUUCUAAUAAAGAAUAAACUUCAGUGCUUUAUGAAUUGCAG